AUGAAGACGUUGUCGCUCCUUCCCGCCGUCUCGGCGAUAUUGGCUCUCGUCGACGCGCAAACGACCGCGACAUCGACCUCCAGCGUGCAGGCUCCUCGAGUUACAUCAUCCGCUAGAGCUUUCUUUAUCUAUGAUACCCAUCCGACCGGGAGUCUCGAAGCAUCUGUCGUUGCGUACGAGCGCGAGACGGCAACAUACCAAGUUGUGUGCCCAACGGCCGAUGCAGCCUGCCAAAAGGAGGGUUACUGGCCGGCCAACGUCACCCACAUUGAGGGCUCUAGCUGGGUCGGAAGCAAUACGGCCACGUCCGGCAUCGUGAAAUAUUGGGACUGCCGGCUCGGCACUGGCGGCCGUCCCGUGAUUUCAGAUCAGUAUGGACGGUGCCACGUAUCAACGUCAACCCCCUCGGUCAGGACCGGGACUGUGGAUGAGGAGCUCGCCGUCAACACAUGCUUCGUGGAGGCGCGCUCUGUCGUUGUGGCCAUUACUGCAGGAUUGGAGAAGGUCGAGGCAGUCCACCGGAUACUCACGGAAUCCGAGUACGUUGGGGCUUGGGAAGCUUCGUCUCUAAUGUCUCUGAUGAGUUCUCGAAGUGCGACCGGAACGUGUUCGCCCUUCACAAGCCCUGCGCCUUACACCGGUUCUCUUGUCACGGGGAGCUCAAGUUCGUCGUUACCUGCGGAGACAGGUGCCGCAACUGGUACGGGAACGGGUGCGGGAACGGGCUCGACGACAGGUGCGGCAAGUGGCACGGCAACAGGCACGGCGGCGACUGGUGCGGCAUCGGGUGCGGCGACUAGUGUAGCUUCGAGUAUGUUGAUGUUGCUUGGAGCGGCGUUUGUGGGGUGUGGUACUCUUUGGUGA